AUGUUAUCAUCAUCCAUAACAUUAUCAUCAUUAGUAACAUUAGAAGAAUCGCAAGAAACGGGCGAAAACGUGGAGCUACCAAAUGAACCAAUUUCACCGCAAUAUGUGAUACCGAUAACACCAAUUAAUGCAUCACCAAUUUUAAUACCAUCGUUUACCUCAUAUGGUACCGCCAGUCAUGAAACUAAUUUUGACCAUAACGACGUCAAAUAUCAAUGUUGCCAUGGCUAUAUGCAUAUUACAUUAGCAGCUCGGAUUAUUUCCAUUGUUUAUCUUUGCGGUGCGGUAUUUAUUGUAUUUCUUACCGCAUGUUCGCAAGGUGCUACUUUAGCAUUCUAUUCGAUUGCAUCAUUCGCUUUUGCAUUUUCUAUUUUUGGUACUUUAGCAUAUGGUAUUUUUAAAGAAAAACAAAUAUUCAUUUUACCAUAUAUAAUUUUUCAA